UCACAUUUGGUAGUUACGCCUUUAAAGAACUUCAACAGUAGUCACAGACUCAACUACAACAAUAUGGCCUUUAAGUUUGUUUUUGCCCUUGCCUUUGUUGCUGUCGCCAGUGCUGGUUAUGCUCCAGUUGCCUAUCACACCGCUGCCGCCCCAGUAGCUGUAGCCCAAAAGGUGGUUGUCAAAUCCGAAGAAUUCGAUCCUCAUCCUCAAUACAAAUUCAGCUAUGGUGUUGAAGACAAAUUGACCGGUGACUCCAAGAGCCAAAACGAAGAACGUGAUGGUGAUGCUGUACGUGGUGAGUACUCCUUGAUCGAUGCUGAUGGUUAUAAGCGUACCGUCCACUACACUGCCGAUGAUGCUAAUGGUUUCAACGCCGUUGUUCAACGUGAGCCUUUGGGUCAUGCCGUGGUAAAGACUGUUGCUCCCGUUGCCCACUAUGCUGCUCCAGCUGCUGUUGUUAAACAUGUGGCUCCCGUAGCUCACUAUGCUGCUCCAGUUGCCCACUAUUCUGCCCCCGCCGUUGUUAAGACAGUAGCUCCUGUAGCCCAUUACGCUGCCCCCGCUGUUGUCAAGACUGUGGCCCCCGUUGCUCACUACGCUGCCCCAACCCAUUAUGCAUCCUAUGAAACUCAUGACGAAUACGAUCCUCAUCCCCAGUACAAAUACGGUUAUGAUGUUCAAGAUGCCGUCUCCGGUGACUCCAAGAGCCAAGUUGAAGAACGUGAUGGUGAUGUUGUACGUGGUGAAUACUCGUUGAUCGAUGCUGAUGGUUUCAAACGCACUGUCCAAUACACCGCUGAUCCCGUCAACGGAUUCAACGCCGUAGUUAACCGUGAACCUUUGGUUGCUAAGGCCGCCGUUGUUAAAACCGUUGCUCCAGUUGCUCACUAUGCUGCCCCCGCCGCUGUAGUUAAGACUGUUGCUCCAGUUGCCCACUAUGCUGCUCCCGCCGCUGUUGUUAAAACUGUAGCUCCAGCUUAUACCACUUACUCAGCUCCUGCUGUUGUUAAGACCGUUGCCCCAGCAUACACCACCUACUCCGCCCCAGCUACCUAUGUUGCCCAUCAUUAA